GCGCCAGAGACGACGACAUCGACAUCGAGAGCGAGCAGCCGCCGCUACUAGCAAUCUCAAUCAGCUCCGACAGCACGCACGUAUCGCCGGUCGCUCUAGUGACCUCGUCGCCCUCUCGACGUGCUUUGCUUUCUCAGUGCUGCUUCUGCUGCACGAUCGUCUCGGUCGAUCGAUCGAGCCCUUCGGUCACACUAGCUCCCGCCCCCCUAGCUACAUUCUAGAAACCUUGCUCCGGUUCGGUUCGAUCCGAUCGAGGAGGGAAUUCACGCAUUCCGUCGAUAUAAUGGCGUCGUCCGCGCUGCCGCAACAGAGGUCGUCCGCCGCGAUCAGCGACGACGACGACCGCGCCAUCGCGUCGCGGCUGACCGCGUCGUUGGAGGUGGCGACGGGGAACGCCGAGCUCGCGGCGCGGUGGGCGGGGCGCGUCGACGACGAGAGGCCCGCGUCUUCGUCGCUCAAGAAGGAGUACGACGUGUUCAUCAACCACCGCGGGGUGGACACGAAGCACACGGUGGCGCGCCUCCUGUACGACCGCCUCGACCACCUCAGCGCGGGGCGGGUGCGCUCCUUCUUGGACAACAAGUCCAUGCGCCCCGGCGACAGGCUGCAGGAGAGCAUCGACGAGGGCAUCAGGCAGUGCAAGGUCGCCGUGGCCAUCUUCUCCCAGCGCUACUUCGACUCCGACUACUGCCUCCGCGAGCUCGCCUCCAUCGUGGAGGCGCGCAAGGUCCUCAUCCCCAUCUUCUACGGCAUCAAGCCCUCGGAGCUCGUCCUGCCGCAGGAGGUCGCCGACUUGUACACGAGCCAGGACGUCAAGCGCUUCAGCCUCGCCUUCCAGGAGGCCAAGUCAACCGUCGGUCUCACCUACGACCCCGCCACAGGUGACUUGGCGGACCUGGUGUUAAAGGCAGCAAACGCGGUGAUGGAGAGGAUUCAAGAAAUGGAACAGCGCGUUCCACGACGCCAGCAGAUGAUCAUUUCGAGGCUGUGAAUUUUUUUUAACGGAGCAUCGACUACUAUUCAGACCACAGCUUCUUGAAGAGGUGGCCUGCAUUCGGUGAAUAAUGACUCAUUAACAUGGAGGGAUUGGUUCAUUUGAUUGUUUUUGCUCAUUGUAACAAUGAUUUGUUUUUUUCGUUUUAAAUUUAGAGGUUUUGGUCUUAAUUUUGGUAAUUAGACUUGGGGCGGUAGAAUAAGCUAUCACACGACUGACCAUAAAACAGUCCUUCGAAGAUGUGGCCUUUGCAAAUAAUGAC